CAUUCAUCUAUUCAUCCACUCAUUUCAUUUUUGAUUACUUAUAUAAUUUAAAAUUAAUAACAAAAUUUCUUAAAAAAUUUUAGAUAAUAAGCUAAAAAUCUAUCAGUCAUGUUUAAUAGAUUCCGCUUUUAUUUUGGAUUAUACAAGGAAAUAAAGGAAACUCCAGAGAUUCCUGAGGUCACUAAAUUCUUAGAAAACAAUAAAAUUUUUUAAAAGGCAGCUUUGUCGUUUCAUAAUUUAAAGUUAAAAGCAUGGUAAAAGUUAGAUGAGGCAGCUUUUCCAGAGGAAUAUGAAAACAGAAAGUAUAUUGAUUAAAACUCUAGUAAUUAAUCUAAAACCUAAUAAAAUAACUACGAUCCAUCAAAAAAAGGUUAAAGCUAAACAAAAAGAAAAUGA